AAGAGGCGAUGAAAUUCAUCAACGUUUCGAUCACCAAGAUCAAGAAAAUGCAGGAGAAGCAGCGGAUGUCGAUGCUUGUCUCGCUUCUCGAGGUCGAGAAAGCAGUGAGGGAAGUUCUUGAUUUGCUUGCAAAAGCAAAGAUGGGAGAAGAGGAGAUUUUGCAGAAGAUUGAAGAAAGAAGAAUUGCAAGGAAGAAUAAAGACUUUGAUAGAAGCGAUGAGAUUAGAAACACCUUGGCACUUGCAGGGAUCUCCCUCAUGGAUAUUCCUGGAAAAAACAGUGUGUGGAGGCCUUGCAUACCUCAGUCUCAGAGUGACUCAGCCAAAGUCGACGCUACACAACAGUCAACGCCUCCUUGAUUUCUCUCUAUUGCUUUUGUUUCUCUUCUUUUUAAGUCUUUUACGAUUUCACUGGGAUAUGUAAUUCCUUGGCACUGAAACAAUCAAAAUUUGACAGUUUU